AUGGCAAGAAACGAUAAAAGUUUAAAGUCAAAAUCCAAAGUCACUGCUAAACCAAGUAAAAUCCAAAAAUCAACCUCGUCAAAUAACUCCAAAUUAAAAUCAAAAACAAAUCAAUCAAUACCAAAGUCAAAAUCAAAAUCAAAUAAAAUUAAACUUGACAAAUUAAAUUCAGAUUUAGAUGAGUUCAAUGAAAUAACAAAUUUACUUAAUGCUCAAAGUAAAGUAAAGUCAAAUAAAGAUAAUUUAAAGUCAUUGAAAAAUAUAAGAGAUGAUUAUAAUAAAGAUGAAGAAAAUAAAUUAAAGAAUAAAAAAGCUAAUGAUGAGAUGAAUAAGCAAUUGGAAGUAUUGAAGGAAGUUGGUUUGUAA